CAAUCACACCUGCCUUUUUCUCUCUUUACCUUUCGCCAUUGUCACACUAUUCCCACCACAAACCCAAACCAUGACCACCCACUCUCUAGCAUCCCUUCACCACCAAUAUUCUUUCCUCAAACGCCUCUCCAACUCAGAAUCCAUCCACCUUCCACCUUCCUCCCUUUUCCUCCACCCCUCCCCCUCCUCCUCCUCCUCCUCAUCCUCCACCACCACCACAACCUCUUCCACGACCACCACUUUCUCUCUUUCUCCUACAACUUCCUCCUCCACCCCCACCACUACCAACCCUAUCUCUUUUGACAACCUCAAACACCACCUUUCCACUCAGAACUUCUUCCAAGCCGACGAAGAGACACGCCGCUUGCUCAUAGUUCUAGCCGGUGAAGCAGCUCAGAAGCGCCGAUAUGUCUUCUUCUCCGAGGUCCAGUUCAUCUCCGAAGCUGACCUCAAAGCUAUUGACGAGCUCUGGAAACAGUACAGCAACAACAAGUUCGGUUACAGUGUGCAGAAAAGGUUGUGGCAAAAAGCCAACAAGGACUUCACCAAAUUCUUCAUCAAAGUGGGGUGGAUGAAGAAGCUCGACACUGAAAUUGAACAAUACAAUUACAGAGCUUUCCCUAAUGAGUUUACAUGGGAACUCAACGAUGAAACACCCGAGGGUCAUCUGCCAUUAACCAAUGCUUUGAGAGGAACGCAGUUGCUUAACAGUAUUCUUAGCCACCCAGCUUUUGAGGGUGAAGAAGACGAAAAAGAAGCUGAAGUUAAAGGGAGUUUAAGAGAUAAUGGUCCGAAGCCUCUUACCAGCUUAUUUCCAAAACCAGAUUAUAGCUUUUGAUCAGGUUUCCAGUGGCCGAUUAUAAGUUUUUUUUUAAAUCGGGAUUUUCAAUGGUUAUUUAGCAAAAUACACUGUAAAAUCUGAAUUGGGUCAUAAACCUUUUGGUUAUUUAAUCAAUGUCUGUAAUAUUCAUCACUAAGUGAUUGAAAUUAAUGCUACUUUUUACUGUGAUUUCUUCA